AUGGAAUCCAAGACAAUGUCUCGUACUGAAACUGGCGGGGCUAAACAGUCGAGCCUUUAUCAGGUAAUACAGACUAUCAUGACUCCCAUCCAUUUCGUCACGUUCCUCCUGUCGCUAUACCUCGUCGACUGCCACUACCACGACAAGCGCAUCCAAGAGCACUCCGAACGAUAUAGUCGAUUGCCAACUUGGCUGCUGCCCUCGUGGCUGGACCGGCUGCUGUUUAGCCCGCACCCGUACGGAUGGGUCGACCGCAAGAAACAGAAUGCGGCACCGAGUAGCGCCGGGAAUGACGAACGAUGGUAUUAUCACACGAAGCAGAAAAAGCUCAUGAAGAUGGAGACGGCGGAUGCUUUUGAGAUGCAGCGCACCGUCUUGCUCGGAUUAGGUGCCAUAGGGCUUUUUGUGGUCUGGGUGCUUUGGCGACUAAGUGCAGGAGUAAUGUCUUGGUUUGCUAGUUGA